AUGACUGACUCGAUUGAUCAUGAUCGUUACGCUCUUACGUUGCGUUCCAAGCGUCAUAUAGUUCUGACGGGAACAGAAACAGAACAAGAAGCGCACGAUGCCGAAAAAGCGCCUAUUGUUAUUCCAAAGCCACCCGUGUUCCAAGACGUCCAUUCUCAAAGAGUGCACGUCAAGCAAAAAUUGGCAGCAGGAUUCCGUCUGCUGGCGAAAUUUGGCUGGGACGAAGGUGUAGCUGGGCAUAUGACGGUGCGUGAUCCAGAGUAUCCGGAACUAUUCUGGGUCAAUCGGUUCGGUCAGCACUUUAGUGAUAUCAAAGCCAGCGAUUUAGUCCUCGUCGACCAUGAAGGUCAAAUUGUUCGUGGGGAUUCGAUGGUUAACAAGGCCGCUUUCGUCAUUCAUGCGGCAAUUCACGCUGCUCGUGCAGACGUGAACUGUGCAGUUCAUACCCAUUCCAUGUACGGUCGCACUUUUUCUGCAUUGGGUCGAUGCUUGUUACCGAUUACACAAGACGCUUGUGCAUUCUUUGAGUGUCAUAACAUUUAUGAUGAUUUUGGCGGGGUUGUAUUCGAUCACGCGGAAGGACAACGAUUGGUUGGUGCUUUGGGCAAUCGAAAAGCGCUCAUCUUACAGAACCAUGGACUGCUGACCACAGGAAAAACCGUCGACGAAGCGAUUUGGUGGUUCAUCUCCAUGGAGAGAUGCUGCCAAACCCAGCUGCUAGCGGAAGCGGCCGUCCAAGGAGUGCAAAACCUCAAAGUGAUCCGUGACGACGUCGCAAGAGCCACCUAUGCCAAUAUUGGCACCAGUACGUCCGGAUGGUUCCAAUUCCAGCCCAUGUAUCAAAUGAUCAUUCAAGAACAACCUGAGUGUCUCGAAUAA